UGGAAGUAUUUUAGUUGUAGGAAAUGAGAGGAUUUGGGAUGGUGAGGGGAUAUCUAAUAUUUAUGGAAAGGAGAGAUUUACAGGUUCUAAAGAUCUUUCAGUUUUAAAGUUAUACACAAGAAAAAAUUUCCAAAUACCAAAACAAAACAAGAAACCCCCUCAAAACCCUAAACUCUCCAUCAUAACCCCCUCCUCACAACCCCCAAAUCCCUCCAAGCCCCUCCCAAACUCUCUUCCCUCCCUCAAAAUCCCUUAAAACCCAUCUCCUCUUCCCAUCCCAAAACCUCCAUUCAACC